UCAAAUUUGGAUUUGAGUUUAAAUCAACCGGUCUCAAAUUUCAGUAAAAAUUAAAAUAAAAUUUGUGCGAUAAAUACUGACAAUCUAUACAUAGAAAAAAAAAAACCCGUUAAAUUCUCUCUGUGAGUUCUCUCUCUCUCUCUCUCUCUCUCUCUCUCUCUCUCAUGGAGGCCUGCGCUCUCAGUAGAACCCUAAUAAAACCUCUUAAUCUGAAGCUCACUCCAUUUGUUCGUUGCUCUUCCACUUCUCCCUCUCUGCUCUCAGGCGGAGGGAAGUUAGUUAAGAGAGCAUACGACGCGUUGUUGUUGGAUGCUGGUGGCACACUGUUGCAAUUGGCCAGACCUGUAGCAGAGACUUACGCUUCGAUUGCCCAAAAAUACGGUUUGAGUGUGAAUUCAGCUGAAGUAAAGCAAGGAUUUAAAAGAGCUUUUGCUGCUUCAUGGCCUGGGAAACUUCGCUACCAGGGAGAUGGAAAGCCCUUCUGGAAAUUUGUUGUUUCUGAAGCCACUGGUUGUGCAAAUGAUGAUUAUUUUGAAGAAGUGUAUGGGUACUAUGCAAACGGCGAUGCAUGGUGUCUUCCCACCGGAGCCUAUGAAACAAUGUCAAUUCUGAAAGAUGGUGGAGUUAAAUUGGCUGUUGUGUCCAACUUUGACACACGCUUGAGGAAGCUGUUAAAGGACCUCAACGUUGUAGAUCUGUUUGAUGCUGUAAUUAUAUCUUCAGAGGUUGGAUACGAAAAACCUGACAUACGUAUCUUUAAAGCUGCUUUGGAUCAGAUUGCCGUGGAAGCUAAUAAAGCAGUACAUGUUGGAGAUGAUCUAAAGGCUGAUAAGGAAGGUGCCAAUGCCGUUGGUAUUGAUUGCUGGUUAUGGGGUAAAGAUGUGAAGACAUUCUCAGAUAUAGAAAGCCGCAUCCUCCUUCCAGGGACAUAGUUUUCAAGAACAUACUCUUUCUUCAGGUCUGAUGGGGUGGUAGACCUCAAUGUCUAAAGCGGACAAUUCUGUUGGCAGGAUGGCGUGUUUCACCUCGGCAUCUAAAGUGGACGAGUUGGGAUGGCCAGAAUAGGUGUUUUUUUUUUUGUGUGGAUUUUUUCUUGAUGAGGAUUAGAUAACCAGUGACUGUUUUGAACUCGGGUUUCUCUUUGGUUGCUGUUAUUCAACUUACUCUAAUCCAAUUUCAUGCUCAUCGAGUUGUUAUUUA